ACUCGGUGAACGUAUCUGAGGAAAACUUAAAAGUUUUCUGAGAGAAAUCAAGGAUAAUUUUCCAGAGCAGUGCAAAGAUGGGAAGACAUCAUAAGGCUUCAGUACUCCCUUUAAGUUCAAGAAGGAUAAAGCUUGAAGGAAAUCCUGCCAAUGUGAUUAGAAGACCACCAUCCACUUCCCGGCAGACGAAGAACCAAAACCUAAAUCAGAUAUUUAUCAUCUUGCCCAUCUCCUUCAUUCUAAUAAAUUUCUAUAUGUUGACUCUACUGAAAUCUCCCCAAGCUAACAACAAUUCUAAUGGAACAUGUCCAACAUCAUCCUACACUAUUCUUGAUGACCAAAAUUCAACAAUCGGAUGUCAGUUUUGCCCAAACUGUGCCCCAGGUCACCAACUGGCACCACCAUGUGGCAGUAAAUUGCAGCAAAAUGCUGCCUCAGUAGCUUGUAUGGUAUGUCCAUCCCAAAGCUAUAAAGAGAGACGUGGUAGUGCUCCAUGUAAAACGUGUAGGACAUGUCACCCAAGAGAGACCAUCAGCCCAUGCACAUCAGAGACAAAUGCACACUGCGGAGAUUGUCCUCGUGGAACUUACCAAUGGGGUUAUACAGUUGACUCUUGUAAAAAGUGCUCAACUUGCUGUGCAGUGAAACGCUUUGCUGAGGUGGAGUGCUUUUAUCUUAGGCAAUGCUUGAGAACAAACUGCACCAAAGAAAUGGAAAAUGGGAAAAGCAAGCCUCGACAAUUAGAUGUAACAAAUUCUCAAAGUCUGCAAAUGCCUGAUAGAAUGACACCACCUACGCCAAUGCCACACCAUACACGUCCUUCAGGCAACAACUCAGACCAACAAAAUAAACAGCUUUUACAGGUCAUGGUAUCCAAUUUAACGAGAACAAAAGUUACAACUGAGGUGCAGCAAGCCAUACAAAGCGAAAGCACCUCAAAUAUGGCCAAGAAAGAAAUACAUCCUAUUCAAAUCAUCUCAAGCAGUACCCUNCCCCAAGCUAACAACAAUUCUAAUGGAACAUGUCCAACAUCAUCCUACACUAUUCUUGAUGACCAAAAUUCAACAAUCGGAUGUCAGUUUUGCCCAAACUGUGCCCCAGGUCACCAACUGGCACCACCAUGUGGCAGUAAAUUGCAGCAAAAUGCUGCCUCAGUAACUUGUAUGAUAUGUCCAUCCCAAAGCUAUAAAGAGAGACGUGAUAGUGCUUCAUGUAAAACGUGUAGGACAUGUCACCCAAGAGAGACCAUCAGCCCAUGCACAUCAGAGACAAAUGCACACUGCGGAGAUUGUCCUCGUGGAACUUACCAAUGGGGUUAUACAGUUGACUCUUGUAAAAAGUGCUCAACUUGCUGUGCAGUGAAACGCUUUGCUGAGGUGGAGUGCUUUUAUCUUAGGCAAUGCUUGAGAACAAACUGCACCAAAGAAAUAGAAAAUGGGAAAAGCAAGCCUCAACAAUUAGAUGUAACAAAUUCUCAAAGUCUGCAAAUGCCUGAUAGAAUGACACCUCCUACGCCAAUGCCACACCAUACACGUCCUUCAGGCAACAACUCAGACCAACAAAAUAAACAGCUUUUACAGGUCAUGGUAUCCAAUUUAACGAGAACAAAAGUUACAACUGAGGUGCAGCAAGCCAUACAAAGCGAAAGCACAUCAAAUAUGGCCAAGAAAGAAAUACAUCCUAUUCAAAUCAUCUCAAGCAGUACCCUCAACACCACCACAACAAGACCACUGAAGGGAUUUGGAACUCUUCUCAAUGGCAAUGCUGUGGAGCCAACAUGGCUAAUGGCUGUAAGCUACCUGAGUGAAAACAUUAAACACCUGACAGCUGUGUUAAUUUCACUUGCAGUGAUAUUUGGAAUUAUUGCACUUACUUCCAUUGGUUUGCUGAUAAUAUGCUGUAGACACCAAACAAGUGGGAUUGUGGUGACCUGUUGUGCACAGUACAUAAAUCGCAACUAUGGAGGAUUUGAGUCAGUACCUUGUGACACAACACCUCAAACAGAUUAUGUUGACUUAGUCAAUCACAUUAAUGAAUCUUUGAAUGAAACGACCUAUGCAGAUGGCACAGCUUCUGUUGAUCUUGAAAGUUUAAAAUUGACCAACAUAUCCCAAGAUGUUGAAGACAUACUUGUUAAAGCACUUGAUGUGCCCCUAAAAGGGCAUAUUGAAUGUGGCUUUGAAAAAGUGGGAAGGGUAAUGGAGAUAAAUGAACUUGAUCUUCAAUACUUGAAGAAGAAAAAAGAAGGAAGUCCAACUUGUCAACUUUUGGAAAUACUCAAAGCCAAGUAUCCACAUCUCACUGUUGCUAAAUUACUUCAUCCAUUACAGGACUAAAAAAAAGAGAACAAAAGUAAGCAUACUGACCCAAAUGCCACUCUAAAGAGUAUAAUGGCAAUCUAACCCUUUCAUAUUUGCAGGUUUGGGAAGUAUUUUGUGUAAACAUGAUUCUUGCCAUGUUAAUUCUAAUCUCAAUACAAAGUGAUUGUAGAGACCCUUGCAUAUAGAAGAGAUAGGAUAUGUAAAGAGUAUAUGUGCAAAAUGAAGGACUUAAACCACUCUCUUCAUCCUCUUCUAACAACACACCUAGACGAUACCUGAUCCUACACCCUAAGGCACAAAUCAGACCAGCUGUACUUUUACAGAAACGUUACUGCCUGUAGAACUAAGUGCACCGAAGACUUUUUCACUUUUAAGUAUUUUUAACAAAUGUGAUGCAUGUUCUGGUGUGGUGUAGAUAACUUGUACUUAAUGUAUACAGAAAUGUACAUAGUCGAUCUUAAUAAGUUUUCAUUGUAUCAUAACUCAUUGAUUCAGUAAGUUACUGCACGAGAGUUUAAUAAACUGUUAUUACUCUGAGAUUUUAUUCACAGUUAACAAAUCUCUGAAUUUGCCAUACAAUAAGGAUAUGAAUAUAACUCAAUGCCCAGGUAAUAGGCUGAGUUUACAAAUGGUAGAGUUGCAUGUUACUUUUCAAAGCAGCCUAAUUAGCAAAGAGGGACACAUCCAUAACAAAUUACUGUAGCUAUUUAAAGGUGUGCAGUAUUUAUACGCAUUUGUUUAUUUAACACAGUUUUAAAAAAAUACUAUACUAUCAAGGCAUAUAAUAUUUCAAAGUUCAUCGAUUACUAACUGCAGUUUUCAGUUUUGAUAACAUAAUUUAAAAUGACAUCACUGAGAAAAAAUGUUCAGUGACUUUUACUGGAAAUAAUGAUUAAAUAAUUUAAGACAUGUAAGUAUUUUAGGACAUUUGUUACAUUUCAUAAAUACACAUGGUUUUGAGAAAAUAAUACAAAAAUGAUAUUACAAUGUGACAAAAUACUCAACCACUAUUGGUUGAAAUGUGAAUGGACUACAUGUCACUUUAGGAAUGUGCCAUUUGUUU